AUGUAGCUACGAAUCAGCUGCAUCUGUCAAAUCAACAGAUGUAUUGUGAUAGUUUACCCCCUGCAGGAUCAAAUCUUUAGCCCCUUGGACACUCUUGCGGCCCCCAUCAAUUCAAUUGUAUGCCUGUGACAAGUGCGCGUGUGCCCCCAUCAGUUCAAUCGCCGUCAAAAAUGACAAUUAUUCCACCCAAAGUUCGCCUAGUGUCAUAAUGAAAAUUCCGUCGAAAAACUCGUCGAAAUUUGUGAAUUGGUCGCGUAAAUAGUGGUAGAAUAGAAGUUUCUUACGAUUUGAUGAUAAAGUCAGCAUAGGCAAUGCAAGAGUGUUUCUUGAAAAUCCUCGCGAGGUUUCGUUUGGGCCCUUCCAAUGGGCAAUUGCUUGGCGUGCUUCAAGGAGCCCAACAGUACGGCCCUGGACAACUCGCCCAAUUGCCGUAAAGAAGAAAUGCCCGAAGCUCAGCUGUAUCCGGCUCCGAGUCACGUGCCAGCCUCCUCGGCCCCAACCGAGACCAUCCUGAGCAACGGCAACCAUCUAACAGCCCUCCCGGAACCCGCCAACAACCGUUUCUACCCUCGCAAACCCCACUCGAAAUCGGCGCCGGCGAUGGGGCUCACCGAUAGUAAACCCUCCGACGCGAAACUGAACGCGCUUUUCGACCAGUAUAAAGACAACGCGGAGGAAAGCAUCCUCGCAGAGGGCAUCGAGCAGCUGUGCAGAGACCUGCAGAUCUCCCCCGACGAUUUCCGGAUUUUGGUGCUGGCGUGGAAGCUCAACGCCGAACAGAUGUGUCGGUUCACCAGGUCGGAGUUUGUGACGGGGUUGAAGGCCAUGCGGGCCGAUUCGGUGAAAGGGAUUCAAGGCCGGCUGCCGGAGCUCGUCGCCGAGGUGGGCCAGGACGUGGAGCAGUUCAAGGAUUUGUACAGGUCAAUAGAUUUAGCAACCCUACCCAAACAUAAAAUGGAAACGAGCAAAGCCAUCGUAGUGAAAAAAUUCGGCAGCUACGACGUCCUCAGUGUGGAGCAAUUCGGAUUGCCUCCUUUGGCCGGAAAUGUUGAAGUGAAAGUCGAAUAUGGGGGCGUGAAUUUCGCCGAUUUGUACACCCGACAAGGACUGAUGCAUAACAAGAAAUUGCCGUUUGUUUUGGGGAUGGAAUGUGUGGGGACCGUUGCCGCAAUCGGGGCCGAAAAUACGCAUCUCAAAGUGGGACAGCGUGUCAUUUGUUAUGAUUACCACUGUGGGAUGUACAGGGAUGUAAUCAGGGUCACCCCAGACAAAUGCUACCCGUUACCCGAUCACCUGACUUGGGAGGAGGGGGCUGCACUUUUUGUUAAUUACUUAACCGCCUACUUUUCUAUAAUUGAGCUCGGAAAUUUGCGACAAAAUGAGACAGUUCUCAUAUUGUCUUGCGGGGGGGGUGUAGGCUGGGCGGCCACCCAACUGGCCAAAACUAUCACCGGGGUCACAGUUGUGGGCACCACAGCCCCUUUCAAGCACCCUCAAGUCAAAGAAAACGGCGUUGAUGUUACUCUAACUUUAGAUGAGAAUUUUCAGAAGGAAAUCACGAAAGAAUGUCCCCAAGGCUUUGAUUUAAUUUUAUCUAAUUACGCCGGUCCUCUUUAUGGCUUCUUGCAAACUCUUUUGAAGCCUUUAGGACGUAUUGUUUUAAUUGGAGCGAAUAAUUUGAUUCAGAAUGAGCAAAAAUUGUCGGUGUUUACGUUGUUGAAGGGAUGGCUGACUACUAAAAAUGUUCAGUUGGAAGAAUUGAUUACACAUAAUAGGGUCGCUGCUGGGCUUCAUUUGGGGACGCUAAUUGAGAAAGAUGCAGGAAGGGUUAGAAACGCUUUGGGGAAAAUUUUUAAAAUGGUGGAAGAAAAAAAAUUGAAAGUGAAGAUUGAUUCAGUACAUCCCAUGGAGAAAAUUGUUGAGGCGACAAAGUUGUUGGCCGAGAGGAAAAAUGUCGGAAAAGUUUUAAUUUCAAUGAAAGAAGGCUAAUUUUUUUCUAUUGUUAUUAUCCCCAAAGUGCCAUCAACAACCAUAAUUUUUUGCUAUUGUAUUUUAAUGUUGUUUUCUUAUUUUGCAUAAUUUAAUUACAAAAUACGGAAAUAAAAGUCUUUUAGGUUCUGAAA